AUGGGUAAAGACAGCAAAGAACACAAGGAAAGUAAAGAGAGCAAGACAGUGGACAACUACGAGGCCAGGAUGCCCGCAGUGUUGCCAUUCGCCAAGCCAUUGGCCUCCAAAAAAUUGAACAAGAAAGUCUUGAAGACUGUCAAGAAGGCCUCCAAGGCCAAGAAUGUCAAGAGAGGUGUGAAGGAGGUUGUUAAGGCCCUAAGAAAGGGUGAAAAGGGUUUAGUUGUUAUUGCCGGUGACAUUUCUCCAGCAGAUGUUAUUUCCCACAUCCCAGUUUUGUGCGAAGAUCACUCUGUUCCAUAUAUCUUCAUACCUUCCAAGCAAGAUUUAGGUGCUGCUGGUGCCACAAAGAGACCAACUUCUGUGGUCUUCAUUGUUCCAGGUAGCAAUAAGAAGAAAGACGGAAAGAACAAAGAAGAAGAGUACAAGGAAUCUUUCAACGACGUCGUCAAGGAAGUUCAAGCCUUAUAA